UGUAUCAGUAUUAUAUACUACUCCCUCCGUCCCGUUUUUGACACUAGCGUAUAAAAGAUAGAGGAAAAGAGAAAAUGAAAUCCUUCCUCCUCCUCAUAUGGGCCUCCUUGUCCAGGCCCCUAACCUCGCCGGCGCUCGGCGCCCGACCGCCCUCGUCGUCCGGAGCGACCGCGGAGGGCGGUUCAAGGUCACCGCCGCGGCGUCCGGUGGCUCUGUGAAGGAGGAGGAGGAGGAGAAGGGGACCGGAAAGAAGGAGAAGAUAGUGAUUAGAGUCUUGGACCCCGUUCGGGAGAGGAGGCUGCCGCCGCCUCUGUUCUCAGCCCCAGAGACUCCGGCAGAGUCCCCGGCGGCGAUUCGGCGCCCGGAAGAGGACGGGGAAGAAAGGCGGAGGUACUACGUGAACAUGGGGUACGCCAUCCGGACGCUGAGGGAGGAGCUCCCUGACGUAUUCUGCGAGGAACCCAGCCUCGACAUCUACAGAACUACAGAUAAAUCAUGCAAAAUCUAGACUAGUUUAUUUGAAGUCAUCUCUGUACAUGCAUGUGAGCACACAAAUUCCUGUAAUGAUCUUAUUCGGGACUCCACGCCUCUCUUGAACCAGAUGGAACAGCGGCUUGCCUCCUAUUCCUCAUUUGUAUGAUUUGGUGUUAAGCUUAAAGUAGUUAAGUCGGUCCAAAGCUCUCUACUCACCUACUGUCCCGGCACCCUCAAGCUCCCGGACGGCGUUAAAGAGUAUAUCGGCGGAGCCCGACGCAUAUGCCUCUGGGGUAAAUAUGAGGCGACAGGAUAUUGCCAAUCCCUGCAGCAGCAUCGAUCUAUUCUGAAUGAGGCUUCGCUGCUCAAUUUUUUCCAUCUACAGCAAAGACAUUCCAUGGGUCAAACUUACUUGGAGAUAUUACCAAAACUAGGAGCCGCAUGCCACCGUCCCGAUUGGUUUAUUCUGGAUCAGAAAAGCAUAAUGAAGCUCAACACUAGCUGCAGGAGCAUUUACACUGGGAAGUCGCCCACGGGGAUACCACCCUCCUAUGGCACAACUGCCACGACUCCUGGAAUAAUGAUCCACUGGCCUACAGCCUUGCGGGAGAUCGUUCUUUCCCUCUUUAUGAUAGUAUUUUGGUUGCUGAGGCCGCUGAAGCCUAAGAACUAGUUCUGUUCCCAGCCCAUCUUACAGAAAUGGCAUUGGCAAAGGCUUGCCAUGGGAGGUGGAAUUGAUCUAGGAGGUAGAACAAAGUUGUCUUAGGAGUCCAUCUUUCAUGUAUAUUCUUGGCCCCUCGCUCUUGUAAACAUAUUCUCUUUUUGUAUUAUAAUAUACUGUCAGAGCCUCCCCUACAGUCUCCCCCCAGAAAUGAUCUUAUUAGCCAAAUCUUUGUUCUGUUUUUACCUUCCGGCUUCUAUGGAUCUUAAUUAUCAUUGAACCACUUGAAAGACUUCCAUCAUUCUGCUCCAAAAAAAGGCUGGAACAAUACUUGAUACUAUCUCUUUGCUAUGAAGAAAUUUGUUAGUCGAAACUGAUAAAAGAAGACAUGUAACUGUAAAAUCUAUACAUCACAAAAACUUUACCAACUCCAGUUACGAGAAAUUGCUUUCAUAUUACAUUAUUGGCUCUUGAUAGCCACAGAACUGUCAGGCCUAAUGCGCCAAUAAUUUGGGUAAAACUUAAAUAUAACUUUCUUUGUUUCUUGUGUGGAGAAGCUUGAAGCCUUGAACCAUACCUUCGUGUGGAAUGCAAUCUAGUUUUGUAUAGUAUAGUACUUCUGCUUUUUGCUGGCGGCUUUCGAGGGCCUCAGCUUUUUGCACCAUCUGUAUGGUCUUGAUAUUAUUUGUAGUGGGGUAUACCGUCAUGAGAAUUAUACUCCCAUGGUAUAUUCAUUUCUCAAGAUUUAUUCAACUCCUGUCUUCUUCUUUCUUAACCAUAUGCCACUA